GGAACUGUUUGUUUUGUUCAGUUUCGACGGAUUAAAAGGCGGGAAAGAGUCGAAGGGAAAGAAACUGGUGCGUGGAUUUUCUAGGGUUUACUAAAUCUCUGAGAUAUUGUUGGAUUCAUCAGAACUGAGUAAUGGGUAUCAAGGGUUUAACAAAGUUACUAGCAGAUAAUGCACCAAAAUGCAUGAAAGAACAGAAAUUUGAGAGUUAUUUUGGUCGUAAAAUCGCCAUUGAUGCCAGCAUGAGCAUCUAUCAGUUCCUUAUUGUGGUCGGAAGAACUGGGACCGAGAUGCUUACAAAUGAAUCUGGCGAAGUAACCAGUCACUUGCAAGGACUAUUUAAUCGUACUAUUCGGCUGUUGGAGGCUGGGUUGAAACCAGUUUAUGUAUUUGAUGGCAAACCGCCAGACUUGAAGAAACAAGAGUUGGCUAAACGGUAUUCAAAAAGGGAAGAUGCCACUGAGGAUUUGGCAGCAGCAAUAGAAACUGGAGACAAAGAUGAUAUUGAAAAGUUCAGUAAACGUACAGUCAAGGUAACAAAACAACACAAUGAUGAUUGCAAAAAACUUCUAAGGCUCAUGGGAGUUCCCGUGGUUGAGGCUCCUUCAGAAGCAGAGGCAGAAUGUGCUGCACUUUGCAAAAAUCAAAAAGUGUAUGCUGUGGCUUCUGAAGACAUGGAUUCACUUACUUUUGGAGCACCCAAAUUUCUUCGCCAUUUAAUGGAUCCAGCCUCAAGAAAGAUACCAGUUAUGGAAUUUGAUGUUGCAAAGAUCUUGGAGGAGUUAAACCUCACAAUGGAUCUAUUUAUCGAUCUAUGCAUUCUUUCUGGUUGCGAUUAUUGUGAGAGUAUUCGAGGAAUUGGAGGACAAACUGCAUUGAAACUUAUACGCCAACACGGUUCUAUAGAGGGUAUAAUUGAAAACAUAAACAAAGAAAGGUACCAAAUACCUGAGUCUUGGCCAUUCGAGGAAGCUCGACGUCUUUUUAAAGAACCACUGGUCACAGCUAAUGAUCAGCAACCUGAACUUAAGUGGAGUCCACCAGAUGAGGAGGGGCUCGUAGCCUUUCUGGUGACUGAAAAUGGGUUCAACAGUGAUCGAGUCACAAAGGCUGUAGAAAAAAUCAAAGCAGCGAAGAACAAGUCAUCUCAGGGGAGAUUGGAGUCAUUUUUCAAGCCAGUGGCUAGCGACUCUGUUCCUCUUAAGCGGAAGGAUGUUCCAGCUAAAGCUACAAAGGAGACUGCGAAGAAAAGAAACACUGGUGGUGGGAGGAAGAAGAAAUAAAUUCUUAUUCAGUUUUAGCUCCAUAAUAGGCUAAACUAAGGCAGCAGAUUGAGGUGGACUCGCUUUUGGCGACAAGUUAUCGGCUUCUUUUACCUUUUAAGUUUUAACCAACAAGGUGGUCUACCCAACAUGAGUGAUGACUCUUCCUAACAGUUUGCUAAAACUUGGAGCUUCGUGGAUGCAAAGACUACUCCCUGUGACAUCUGUUUAGGCUUUCCCUGUUUGUUUUUUUUCUUUCUAUUUGGGGACAUUUCAUGUCUGUUUCAUCUGUAAACUAAGAUGAACUAGCUUGAAUCUUUUUUUCUUUAUCAAAGACUGGACAUGAAAUCGGGAAACUAACAAAAGGUCUUUUUUUCACCUUGUUCAA